GGCUGGGGCCGCGCCAUGUCGCACGGAGCCGGUCUCGUCCGCACCACGUGCAGCAGCAGCAGCAACGCGUUCGGGCCCGGGGCCGGCGCGGGUCAGCCCAGCGCGAGCCCCUCGGAGGGGCUGCUGGACCCCGACUACCCCCGCACUCACACGGGCCUGCUGAAAGUGGCGCAGAUGGUUACUCUGCUGAUUGCCUUCAUCUGCGUGAGGAGUUCUCUGUGGACAGACUACAGUGCCUACAGCUACUUUGAAGUGGUCACCAUUUGCGACUUAAUAAUGAUCCUCGCCUUUUACCUGGUCCACCUCUUCCGUCUCUACCGCAUGCUCACCUGUAUCAACUGGCCCCUGUCGGAGCUCCUGCAUUAUUUAAUCGGCACCCUGCUUCUCUUAAUCGCCUCCAUCGUGGCAGCCUCCAAGAGCUACGGCGUGAGCGGACUGGUGGCCGGAGCGAUAUUCGGCUUCAUGGCCACCUCCCUGUGCCUGAUGAGCAUCUGGCUGUCCUACAAGAUCUCCUGCGUCACCCAGUCAACAGAUGCAACCGUCUGAUGAAGGCACAGCACCAGGCACUGCAGGAGACCCUGCCGGGGUUGGCGGGACUCGAGGCCCAGCAGACAGGAGGACUGGUGGGCAUGUGACCUGAGGAAAGCCUUCUGAACCUGUGUUCCUGUGCCAAAGUCCUGCUCUCUAAGACACUGGCUCCCUGGGCUCUGAGCUGGUCCAGCCUCUUUCUCUGGUCUCUCUCUGCCAGCUUUUAGAACUGCCUCAAGAGUCGGCAGUUCAAAUCCACCAGCCACUCCUUGGAAACUCUACAGGGCAGCUGUACUCUGUCCUAUAGGGUCGCUAUGAGUCAUAGCUGACUUGACUGCAAUGGGUUUUUCAGGUACUGACGACCCUACGGGAGGGGUUUCCGGAAACUCGUGCAUAAAUCUGCUUCUACUUCACAUUCCUCGGGGAAGGGAGCUGCCUUAAGGCCUCUCAUGAAAACAAAGCCACCUCUUAACUUACCUGGCUGUCAGCCUGGCCUGGAAGACACCCAUCUUUCUUAAAUGAGGCAUGCCUGUAGAAACACUAUGUGGUCAGCCCGUCCCCAGAGAGGAGAUCCCAAGUCUCCAGCCUUUGUUACCAUUGUGUGUGUGUAUGUGUUUUUUUUUUUAAUUAAAAUAUUGACUUGGGCAGUU